UAAUGACCAAGUUAAUAACUGAGACACCUGACCAGCCAAUCCCAUUUCUCAUUGACCAUCUUCAGUCUAAACAAGGGAACCGUGGACAACUUCAAAGAACUUUGUCUGGAUCUGCAGCUCUAUGGGCAGAAAGCGAAACAUCAGAAUCCAAAGGAACAAGAAGGGAUUUCAGAAGCUAUGAUAAACCUUGGCAAUUAAAUGCAAAGAAGCCUAAAAAAUCAAAAAGUGACCUUGCUGUGUCUAAUAUUUCUCCACCACCAACGGACUCCAAAUCAUGUAUUGCAAUUUCAGAUGAACUCGAUAAGGAAACAGUGGCAUUUAAUUCUUCUAUUCUGAGGCCGCGUGUGAUUGGAGAAUGGAUUGGUAGAGAAGAAAAUGAUGCUGAUCCCCUUGCCGCUGAAAUGCUACAGCCUCCAAUUCCAAGAAGCAAAAAUGACCAAUGGGAAAGUGAAGAUAGUGGUUCUAGCCCUGCAGGAAGCUUAAAGAUGGAGCCUAAGAACAAAGGGUUAAAACAGCAGCAACAGCAACAUAAGAAACUCCUGGCCGCAAUGCUCUCUCAAGAUUCUUUUGAGUCCAUCCACAGCCCUACCCCAUCUGUAACAGAAGAAGAUAUUGAUAAUGAAGAUGAUGCAAUGGAAUUGCUGGAGGAUCUUAAUGAUUUAAGAAUGGAGGGAGUAACAACCCUGGUACCUUCUGGGAGCAAAUUUAACCAAGGCCGUCCUACUUACCCGGCUGAGCCUCAGGCCAAGGUCACACUGAACAUCUGUUCAAGGUGUGCCAGGCUUCAAGGAGACAAUCUGGAAGAAAGGACAGAAGAGUCACUACCAAUGCUUCAUUCUCCAGAUGAAAAAAUCCCAGAUUCAUUCGAUUCCUUACCUGGGACUGAAGAAGCACUAAUGGAGGAGGGUGAUGAAUUUGAGAAAGCGUCUAAACUAACAGGACCUGGAGAAGCCUCCAGUGGAGCCGGACACUCACUGAAAAACUACAUGGAAGAAGAUGAAUCCUUAAAGCAACUGCAGGUAGUUCAUCAACCAUGGAUCUUGCCAAGUGACACAGAAAGUGAAGGAGUGGAAGCAGAACAGGAGCAGGUUCCGCAGAUCUUCUUCUUUGCGUUCCAUGCUCUUCUUGUCCUACACUGGUCUACUCUGGUUUGUGAAACAGACAGAAGAAGUUGCAAGUGGUCCUUAAAGAAAUGCAGUUAUUCAAAUCCUUAUGUAUAGUUCUAAUUUUAUUUACUAUGUGUAAUCAUUUAGAGAAUGGUUAUUUUUAUAAUCUCAAUAAUAAACAAGUACUAUUGUAAUCAGGGGGUGCCCAAGUAUGUAAUCAGAGAACACUAAUCCUGGCAAAGGAUUGUGAGGUGGUCAGGAGGCCAGCUGCCUUUUGACAUGGUUAGUGUCCUGGAUUUAGAUUACUUUAUACAUAGUUAUUAAGAUUAAUAUUUGAUAUAUUAAAUAUUGCCUGAUUCAAAUAACUUUGCUUAAAAUUUUUCUGUAUUUUAACUUGUCUAGGGUUUUCUACUUCUUCUAUUUUUAUAAUAUUUUCUCAUUUUUUAGAUUACUAAACAUUAUACUUAUCCACAUGUGCCAAGAUGUGCCAUUUAGGUCUCUGCAGAAGUCAGCUGUUUGGUAUCAUCACCUGCCAUAUAUGUUGUGUGCAGCAGGAGUAAGAAGUAUAUGCUCCGCCACUGCUCUUUCUCAUGAUUAUUUUCUCUAUUCCUAUUAAAACAAAUAAUUGUUAUGUUAAUUCAAUAAAGCAAACCAAUAAGGAAUGAAAUGCAUGGCCCAAAACAUAGAAAAUGAAAAUCGUUUGACCAUUUAUGCAAUUAUUGAAUCCAAUUAAGAUGAUCCAUUUUAAAUUUAAUAUAUGCUCGCUUUUGGAAUGUGUUAUGCAUUGAUGCUAAGUGAAUGGAUCUAAGUAAAUCUAUUGAUAUCUCUAC